UGGAAAACGUAAGCGAUGUCUGUUGCUCUCUAUACAGUUAUCAUGUUCUUGAUUCAACCGAUUUUCGCACCAGCAGCCUUCGCAACCUUUCAAAUCACCGCCAAAACUAGUGGAACUGCAGCUGGGGGCAGACUAAUCCAUGUCCAGUUAUUAAGUAGUGCGUGGACUGGUUUCUUUUCCGGUUGUUUGCACACCCUGUCAGGGCCAGACCACCUUGUGGCUUUGGCUCCGCUAUCGAUCGGACGUACACGGAUGGGAAGCGCUGUUGUUGGAGCUCUGUGGGGUUUUGGCCAUGAUGCUGGUCAGGUAAUCUUUGGUCUCAUAUUUCUACUUCUAAAGGAAAGACUCCAAAUUGAAGUCAUCCGGACCUGGGGUACAAGGGUGGUGGGCUUAACAUUGCUCGUUGUCGGAGCUAUUGGUAUAAGUGAAGCUUCUGAAGUUCCCACUCCCUGCGUUGCCAUAGGAAACAGUGAGUGUGAUGUUAGUGUUUACGGAACACUCGAUAUUGGAAAACGUAAGCGA